ACCUCCACAAUUCCUAUAAAUUCCCUCAUCUCCUCCUACAUCAUUCCAACUUCUCUCUCUCUCUCUCUCUCUCUCUCGUUAAUAAUAAUUUUGAUACUGUAUGGCUGCGAAGGAGAAGAGUAACGGCGUUAAGGGAGGUAACGAGAAGACUAACGGCGUCAAGGAGGUGCAUUACAGGGGAGUGAGGAAGAGGCCAUGGGGACGAUACGCGGCCGAGAUCCGAGACCCCAACAAGAGGAGCCGUGUCUGGUUAGGAACCUUCGACACAGCGGAGGAGGCCGCCAGGGCUUACGACGCCGCCUCCAUCGAGUUCCGCGGCCCCAAAGCCAAAACUAACUUCCCCUUUCCCUCCUCCCAAACACUGCCCAUCAUCAACACCCCUAACCCUAACCCUAACCCUAACCCUAACCCUAAUCGUAGCCCCAGCCAGAGCAGCACGGUCGAAUCAUCAAGCCCCGAUCGGAUCUCCCAUGCACCGGUGGAACUCGACCUCACGCGCCGCCUCGGCGGAAGUGUUGUCGGUACUGUGUCUGUUGCUGAGUAUCCGGUUUUCUACCAACGGCCGGCGGUGACGGUUCUACCUUACGCGCAUCCGGCGUUGUACUUUGAUGCGCUUGUACGAUCGGGGAUGGUGAGUCGGGGACAGCCGUACCAACGAGUCGGCACCGAGUUUGACGGGGGACUCGGAGGUGGAGCCCUGAGUGAGUCGGACUCCUCGUCUGUUGUUGUAGACUGUAAUAACGCACAUGAGAGUAAUCGUAGGAAAGGAGUUCUUGAUCUGGAUCUUAACUUCCCUCCACCGGUCGAAGCUUGACGGUGAGGGUGAUAAUGAAUAGACAGAUUUAUAACCGUUUGGAUGUAUAGAAUUUACUACCUGUUUUUUGCGACUGUCAGAGGAGAAGUUAGAUUUUUUCUCUGGUUGUUAAUUGUUCAUUUUAUUUUGAAAUAAUUCGUUAAUACCUUUUAAUUUUGUGAUUGUCUUC